UGUUCAAUGACCCAAGUUUUCAGUGUCCAAUUAAAAUAAGAAAAAAAUCAUCUUAAAUACAGUAUUACCUGAUAUUGACUGCUAUAACAAUGUUUUUUCAGUCAUAUCUAGGUCAACUAUAAAUUAGUUUUUAACAUCUUUGUCCGGUAACACAUAAAUCUAUAUUCAAUCAAUUAUAAUCAGGACAACGAAUCUAUAAACUCUCAUUUAUUUAGCAGUGAGACUUCCAUCUCAACCAUGAUGGAGCUGAAAAGUCAACAUUAUAUUGUGUUGCUGCUGUCUGGAGGUUGUUUGGCUUUGGUUGCCAGGGGCGACAGGAGAGAAGGCGAGCUGCACAAGCGGGGAAGACCCCGGGAAAAGUGACGUCAGCAGACAGAACUCCCCUCUCCAUCCCAUAGCCAGUAUCCAUCCUGGAGAGAACAGCUGAGCCGGACCCACCCGGCCACAGCGACAUUCAGCUGCAGAGAUGGUGUCGUUAAUGGACGCGGAAUGUGAAACUGUGCGCAAAAAGAGACGCACCAACUGCGCAUCUCCUUCACCAGACGUUCUCACAACGGCUCAGCAGCGGCGGACAGAUCGACACAGGAAACAGAAACUUCUGUCCACACUGAGUGACUCCGGUUUCGAGGAAGACUUGAUAUCCUCCCCGGCUCGGACAGAAGUUUCAGAGGAACCGGAGUCUGCAGCAGGACAACCGUCCACCUGGUACCUUCAGUAUGGAGACGUCGGUUUCAGGAUCCAGAGGGAGAAGGAGGCGCAGUUUCAUCUCUGCAGAAGCCUGGCACGACAACCACAAUUGACAGCGGAGGCUCGGUGUAAGCUGGUCAGCUGGCUCAUCCCUGUACACAAACAUUUCCGUCUGUCCUUCGAGUGCUGCUGUCUGGCCGUGAACAUCAUGGACAGGUUUCUGGCCUCCACACCGGUCGCUGCUGACUGCUUCCAGCUACUGGGUGUCACUGCACUUCUCCUCGCCAGUAAACAGGUGGAGGUGUGCUCACCACAGAUCAGCCAUCUCCUGUCAUUGUGCUGUGAUGCUUUCACCAAGGAGCAGCUCUGCAACCUGGAGUGUCUCAUCCUCCUUCGUCUUAACUUCCGCCUGGCUGCGCCCACACUGGCCUUUUUUCUAGACUAUUACUCCAACUGCAUUGAGGCUGGCCAGCUUGUCACUGAGAAAACGAGUGCCGGCAGGUUUCUGAGAAUGAAUCCAGAUACCAGAAGGCCCUGGCAGUGCAGCAACCUCGCACAAAAGGUGUGUGAGUUGAGUCUGGCAGACUAUGCCUUCAACAAAUACCCACCAUCUCUGACUGCCAGCUGUGCACUGACUCUAGCCAGUGAGUUACUGAAAACUGAACAAGAUCCUGCAAUCAUUCAAUCUCAGGAAGACCAGUGGGACAGUGUUGUGGAUGAACCAUGUGCACAACCACCUUCUGGCCAAUCAUCUGAAAACCCUGAGCUUUCUGAGGGCGACUGUUUGGCCAUGAAGGACCUGCCUGAUGGUCAGAAGAGUUCAAACCACAAUCUGGCACAGGAAUGCAAAGACAACCUGAAGCUGCUGGUGUCACUAAACCAGGAGACUCUGGAAGCGAUGUCCACCAUGUGAUUGCAAGUUUUCCACCCACAUUCAGAUGAUAAAAUGCCAAAUUCCCUCUUCUUUUGGUUAUAUUCUAGAGCUUAUUUAAACUCAGAAGUGAGGGUAAAGUGUCUUAUUAAAGGUUGAUGAAGGUGAUGACUGGAAAUAUGUUUUUAUGCAAACCUUUUUACUAAACCUCAUAUAUACCUCAUAUACAGUCAUUGGAUGUUUCCCAACUUAGUAUUAUUGUUUCUUUUAUUUAUUUGUCAUAUGUUAAAGUAUAUUAAUAUAUUAUUUUUAUCUUUAAUUCAUGAUAAUACGGAGUAAUUCGUUCUGUAUAUGCACUGAUCCACUGCAGGUUUAUGAGUUAUGUCACUUUUACAAUCUCUUUACUGAAGGAUUUGAACACUGUGUUGUAAUGAAUUGAAUGUUGUAAUUAAAUAAAUGAUCAAAAAUGAAUAUGUGCUGGCUUCUGAACUCUUAUAAUAA